CGAGAAUAUGGCUUGUAUACGGUGUUGCACGGCGCCACAGUGGAUCGGAGGCUGAAGUUCCCGACGCGUACACCGUCGCAGAAGAUGAAGUAGACACAAUGACAGGUAGUAGAUUGCGAAACAGCGGAAGCUUUUCGAACGAAUACGUGAGAUGUGGAAAGGUAUUUAGAUGCGAAAGGUUCUCUCGCGGUUCGCCUUUCAAAGCUCUUGCUCUAUACAAACCAUCAGAAAACACUAUACGAGCCGGUCUCACCUAAUACACUCUUUACGAACCGACACGAACGCAUCCGACGACCUCGCACCAGCAACGCUCUUGUACACCUUAAAUCUAAGGCACUUUUGCGAAUCCCAAAUACUCCCACCAUGCGUUACUCUACCAUCAUCAGCGUCGCGGUCGCUUUCGCCCCGGCGGCACUCGCACAAAGCUCGUCGGCCACCAUCACAUCAAUGGUCCCGAUGAUGUCUCCCUCGGCGCCUCCCGUCACAAUGGCUUGGAACAACGAGCCGAGCGCAACGGAUAAAUCGGCUCUUGCAUCAAAAGCUUCGUCCAUGAACUCUGCCAUGGAGUCGGCAAUGUCUUCCAUGUCAAUGAGUAUGCAGAUGGAGAGCGGCAUGACUAUGUCUAACGGUAUGGUCAUGGCCACAGGCAGUGCUCAGGCUGCUAUGGGCAACUUCACCGGUAGCGCCGGUAAGAUGGAGGUUGGCGGUGGUGUGGCGAUGAUGGCAGCCAUCUUGGCUAUGCUUUAAACAGAUUGCAUACCCUUUAAAGGCU